AUGUUUGAGCCAGAAGAACCAGAGAGCUUCAAUGAGAACAAGAUGUGGUAUGCACAAUUGGUAGGCCCUUGCCUCACUGACCAUGGUGAUCAAAAGUGGCGAGCAGCCAUCUCAACACCCAGUGGCAUUGUGAUCUGCCCUCCAUGGUAG